ACUCUCCUUCGCUCCCUUCUCUCUUCCCUCUUUUUAAUUCCCAUUCGCUCCUUCUUCCCUCCACCGUCCGGAGCCUUUACGAGUCUGUCCACAUCACUGUCGAAUAGCUAGCCCACCAUGACCCUCCCCUUCAGGGACAUCAACCUUCACGUCGCCGCCGAAUCCUACACCUUCGCCUCGCCCUCCUCCCCCAAUGUGCCUGCUCUCGUCAUCGACCGUCCCACCGGAGACGUGAGGCUAAGCGAGGCUACUCACGCCCCCAAUAAACGUGUCUCCCGCGUGUCGAGCAUAGCUGGUAUUCUGGGCUUCAUCAGGUUGAGACUCGACAAGUAUGCUAUCAUCAUCACCAAGACCCUGCCCGUGGGCCGUCUCAAGGGCCAGAUGGUAUACAAGGUUAUCUCGACGGAAUUCCUACCCAUGCGCGAGCGCCAGGUCCACGACCCAGACGAGGACCAAUUCUUAUCCCUGCUUACGACAUUCAUUUUGAGAGGCCCUAUGUACUUCUCCUAUUCCGUCGACCUCACCAACAGUUUCCAGCGACAAGCCUCAACGGAUCUGUCGCUCCCGCUUUGGAUGAGAGCCGACGACCGCUUCUUCUGGAACAGGUUUGUCCAGGCCGACCUGAUCCAGUUCCGAACCCAGGGCAACCGGUCGCAACCCGGACCGCAGCCCGGCGCCGACCCCUAUAUUCUACCCCUAAUAUGGGGAACCCUCGAGAUCCGCCCCACCACUUUCAAGAACACACCCCUGACCGUUGUCCUGAUCACACGCAAAUCGAGGUACCGAGCCGGAACUCGAUACCUCACUAGAGGUGUCGACGAGGAAGGGCGUGCCGCAAAUUACAACGAGACCGAGCAGGUAGUCAUCCUGAACGAUACAGGCCGUGGAUUGGGUGGAUAUGCUGGAAAUAGCGAUAUGCAGAGCGGCAAGUAUGGAGCUUCGGGGGGGGCCGAAACGCAGAUACUGUCGUACGUACAGACACGGGGUAGCAUACCCGUCUUCUGGGCCGAGGUCAACGCUCUCAAGUAUACCCCCAAGUUGCAGGUUCGGGGUAUCGAAACAGCUCUCCCAGCCGCCAGGAAGCAUUUUGAUGAGCAGAUACGUCUGUACGGGGACAAUUAUCUAGUAAAUCUGGUCAACCAGAGCGGUCGAGAGAAGCGGAUGAAAGAAGCCUACGAGCAGAUGGUGAAGAUGCUCGCGUCGUCGCCGUCGGAGAAAGUCCAGGGCGACGCGUUAACCGGCGAAAAGUUCCAUACCAUCGAGGCCAGCUCUUCGAAGCAGGAAUACGACCGUCUGCACUAUGUCUAUUUCGACUUUCACCACGAAACGAAAGGCCUACAGAUGCACCGGGCCAUGAAGUUGGUUGAUCAGCUUCACGACUCUCUGAUAGCGCAACAAUACUUCCGCGGUGUCGACAUGCCUGCUAAUGGCGGGAUAGAAACUAGGAAUUUUCAGACUAGCGUGGUGAGAACGAACUGCAUGGAUUCGCUCGACCGCACCAACGUCGUUCAGAGCAUGCUGGCGCGAUGGACGCUAGACCGCAUGUUCGUCGAGCUGGGCUUGCUCCAACCGGGCGAGACGUUCUCGGCUGUCGACCCCGAAUUCGAAUUCCUGUUCCGGAACAUAUGGGCCGACAACGCGGAUACGGUGUCCAAUUCGUACGCUGGCACCGGCGCCAUGAAGACGGAUCUCACACGCCUGGGCAAGCGCACCAAGGCGGGCACCUUAGCCGACGGCCGAAUCGCCGUCACCCGGUACUACCUCAACAACUUCCGAGACGGCCCCCGACAGGACGCCUUCGACCUCUUCCUAGGCGCUUACGAGCCCUCGACCGCCAACAUCGGCACCGCUCUCAUCUUUGCGGACCGGCGGCCCAUCUCCAUCCAGAGCAUCCCCUACAUCCUAGCCUUCAGCGUCUUCUUCAUCCUCGUCGCCCUGUUUACGAGACGGGUGCCCGGCUCGUCGACCUGGUCCAUCCGGAUCUUCAUCCUGUUCUGGCUGGUCAUUGGCGGGUGGUGCUUCAACUUCAUGAUGAAGCACGGAAUCUUAUUCGUAAACUGGCCGAAGCUGAACCCGCGACCCUGGGCUACGGAGGGCUACCAGGACGCCAUCACCAAGGUGCGCAAGGACGCGCUGCUGGGGCCGCUGGUGGCGAAGCACGAGCGCGGGCUGAGCGCGGCCCGGUACCUCAACGCGGAGGAGGGCAAGAAGAGAAUCGAGUAAAGUAGGGGGUAACGGAGAGGAGGAUAUUAAUUAAUAUAUGUGGGAGGGACCGGGACGGGCGAGACCGAUUAGAAACCUUGGUACGCGCGGU